CCGCCAUCAAGACGGACAUCACCAAGCUGCAGACGAAACCGGACGCCACUACGAAGAACUACAAGAUGCCGCACUUCGACAUCAACAAGUUCGACGACCACAACAAGACGGACGCUUUGGCAUGGUGGCAACGUUUCCUCACGGAAGCAUCAUGCCGCACUGUCCCGGACGACUAUCUGAUGAAGGCGUUAUACUUACAGCUGAUUGGAGGAGCGCAGGCAUGGAUGAACCAUCUGGGGGCUACCCACACAUGCACCAUCACCGAACUUCACACUCACCUCACGUGGAAAGAGUUCGAGAAGCUAUGGUUCACCCGGUUCAUGGUCCGCAACGUCGUGAAGGCGGCCAUGAGCGAGGUGUACACCUGCUCUCAAGGGAGUAUGCCAACUCGAGACUGGACAACCAACUGGCAAAAGCUAGUGAACACGCCAGGGUUCGAUUUGACUUUUCCUAAUCAACGAUCCGAGUUCUUCUCGCGAUCGUGCGCAGGAUUGCGGUCGGCACUCGGUAACGAGUACGGCUAUACCUUGUUCCAGGCUAUCCUAGAUCGCGCAAACCUGGUCAUCCAAAGGGACGACAAGGCCGUUAACGAGAAACAAUCCCAGCUGCAUUAUGUGGCUAAGCAGGGCUAUCAACGUCCGGCACAUAACAAUGUCGUGAUUUCUGAAGAAACAAACGAUCUCCACGCUGCAGCAGCAUCCUCGAGUGAUGGAGGAAUUGUAGCAGCGCUCCCGCCGAAGCGUCCCAAGAGAGUUCGGAAGAACAAGGCGACACAAGAGACGUCAUCGACGGGAACUAGGCAGCAGCCAUGGACGGCAUACAAGAUAACCAAGGAAGUAUAUGACUUGCGUCAACGGACGUUGGACCAGCACAUCGUACACCUUCGCGUUGUUCUGGAUCGUUUGCGACUAGCCAAGUACCAAGCGAAUCUCGACAAGUGCAAAUUCGCCAAGCAAGAGCUUGAGUACUUGGGUCAUUUUGUCACGCCGAAAGGCAUUCGUCCCUUAGCGGACAAGAUCCAAGCCAUCAUGGAUUGGCCGGAACCCCGUUGCACGACGGAUGUACGCUCUAUCACGGGAUUGGCUGGAUACUAUCAGCGAUUCGACGAGUCGUACUCGAAAGUGGCUGCUCCUUUGUCGAGACUUCAGUCCCCGAAGGUGCCCUUCGAGUUCGACGACGCAGCCCGUGACGCGUUCGCUACGUUGAAGGCAGCAAUGCAAGCCGCACCUGCCCUCCGUAUAUAUGACCCCACCCUUCCCACCCAAGUGACUACGGACGCUUCGGGAUAUGGUAUUGGUGCGGUGUUGGAACAGUGUCACGAGGACGGUUGGCAUCCGGUCGAGUACUUCUCCCAAAAGGUGCCUCUCGUAAACACUCUCGACGACGCUAGAAGAAAAAGCUACUCGCAGCGCGAAUCUAAGACCGCCAAGCCCCAACAGGGAUCCAAGGCACCACAGAUCCCGCGCAAGCGACGCACAGCCAUGGCUGCAGCAGCCGGCUACGCCGACAGCAACAUGCCGGGCAGUCCCAAGAGGCCGGUUCCCCCUCCUGUGCCAGUUCAACGGGCAGAUGAGGACGCACUCGCGUUUCUCGAGCGUCUCCAACAGUAUACGGAGACCAAUGCCACCGAACUCCGCACAUGGGAGAAGGAGAAUGCCGCCCGACGGGAAGCCAUCCGCCUCCAACAAGAAGCGGAACAGGCAGCACGUCAGCAGGCCGCUGCCGACUCUGCAGCAGCCGCACGGCAGCAGCAGCAGCAGCUCGAGGCAAGUCAGACUCAGGCUCGGUUYCAGGCUGCCAUGAACCUUCUCAACGAAGAAGCCGCCUAUGGCAGAGUACUUCGACAGCAGCACUUCCGAACAACUGAGGAGCAAGAAGAACCAACUGAGGACGAGAGAAACAGGGAAACUACAGCAGUCUUAAUUGAGAACCUGCUGUACACGUGCAAUUGGCAGCAACGUGAACUGUUGGCUAUGCGGCAGGUCCUCAUCCGCCAUGAAGGCAACUUCAAGGCUAUGGAUCAGCAGAUUACGGCCCUGCAGGCCGACACCAGCAUGCUGCAGGCCGCCGACAGCCAACAGCAGGCCAUCAACGACCGACUGCAGGACACCGUCGAUGCCGGGAUGGCACGACUGUCCGCAGUCGAGUCAACGGGCAGUGCAGUUUCAGACAGGAGCCCAGCUUUGGCCACUCUAGCCAAACAGCUCGAUGAGCGGAUCAAUCACAGCGUCGCAUCCCUGGGCGACAUCAGCAAGUUUGCUGGAGCGUUGACAGUCAGCAAUCAGCUGCAGACGCUCAGCGACCGCGUCGACCACUGACAGACCGCUGCCGCCAAGGAAUGGAAGAUGCCGAACUUCAAGAUCGAGAAGUUCGACGAUUACCACAAGACGGAUCC